GUUGUCAUUCAUUUGACGUUGCCUGUAAAUUCCACUCCCAACAUUUGGGAUUGAGAAUUGUCCCAGCUAUUUUUAAGGCUGGCUUCGUUUACACACCAUGCAGAAAUAUGAGAAGCUUGAGAAAAUCGGAGAGGGCACAUAUGGAACUGUCUUCAAGGCAAAGAACCGCGAGACGCAUGAGAUAGUGGCCCUGAAAAGGGUCAGGCUGGACGACGACGAUGAGGGUGUCCCAAGUUCAGCAUUACGUGAAAUCUGUCUCCUGAAAGAACUGAAGCAUAAAAACAUUGUCAGGUUACAUGAUGUUCUACACAGUGAUAAGAAGCUCACUUUAGUUUUCGAGUACUGCGAUCAGGACUUGAAAAAGUAUUUCGAUAGCUGCAAUGGUGACUUGGAUCCAGAAAUUGUAAAGUCAUUCAUGUACCAGUUACUAAAGGGGCUGGCGUUCUGCCACAGUCGCAAUGUGCUUCACAGAGACCUGAAGCCUCAGAACUUACUCAUCAACAGGAACGGAGAACUUAAGUUAGCAGACUUUGGCUUGGCCCGAGCCUUUGGGAUUCCAGUACGAUGUUAUUCUGCAGAGGUGGUGACAUUAUGGUACAGGCCUCCAGAUGUGCUGUUUGGUGCUAAGCUUUACUCUACCUCUAUUGACAUGUGGUCCGCCGGGUGCAUAUUUGCAGAGUUGGCUAAUGCCGGGCGGCCCUUAUUCCCUGGUAAUGACGUAGAUGACCAGCUGAAGAGGAUCUUCAGGUUGCUAGGGACGCCAACAGAGGAGCAAUGGCAGACAAUGACCAAACUACCAGACUAUAAGCCCUACCCCAUGUACCCUGCCACCACAUCCCUGGUGAAUGUUGUCCCUAAACUGAGUAGCACGGGACGGGACUUGCUUCAGAAUCUGCUGAAGUGCAACCCUGUGCAGCGAAUAUCAGCCGAGGAGGCUUUGCAGCACCCAUACUUUGCUGACUUCUGCCCACCAUAGAUGCCAAACUCACUGAGCCACCGUCAACAACAAUCAGCACUGUCAUUCCCACUCUGAGGAUUCAUCAAACAGGUUCACCAUGAGUCAUCCAUUCUCCAAAAGACUUCUAGCUGUGUCCCAAAAGACUUUUCUCUCACUAUAUUUUCCUAUCGGCAGACUAAGUUUGUAGCCACAUCAGUGCAUACCUUGUCCACAGAUUUUUUUUUUGUUCCCGCAACAGCAGGUCACUUGCAUUUCUUUCAGUGAGUACAUGAAAUAUGUUUGGCAUGUGUGACCCACUAGUGGCUGUGUGACGUUUUGUGAAACACUCCUCUAUUCUCUCCCCUGUAGGACCCCUUUCUACUGUAGUUCCUCUUUUCUCUUUGUGUCUGACCUUGACCUCUGACCUUUUGGUUGGCAUCACAGGACUUGAUGUGUGCUGCCAGGUUCAGCCUUUCACACGCACUACUAUAUUUUCAUAAGUUAGAUCAUGUAGCGUUGUACACAGCCUGAGCCACUUGCCAAAUUCAUUUAGCACUAUCUGACCUCUCUCAAAACCAUAGGGAGCAUUUUACACAUCUGUUCUCAACUGUAUAGUUGAGGUACAUGGAUUUUUAAAAUUAAUUUUAUAUAAAGGUCAUAUAGUCUGCAGUAUUCUACUGGGUUGAUAUGGGUUAGUGGUUGGCCAUGCAAGCUCCUGCUGUUCAAAUAAUGUGAGUGCCCAGAUUGAAAGCCUGACUGAUCAAAUUUUGAUCAAUGUUUGAUGGUUUGGAUCCACAUUUCUGUUGUAUCUGUAUAAUUUAAUGUGUUUCACACUUGAAGCAGGGUCAAAACAAUCAGUGUCUCUCAGACAGACUUUUUUUUUAAUAAUUAGCGACUAGCUGUGCCACCAGCUAGCUCUCAUUUGACGUGGACAUGCAUCACUGCAAAACCUUCUCAUUUCAGUGCACUUUGUAGUUUAGUUAUGAAUGACGGGCGAUUUAAGUUCUCUGAGCGUUCAUCUGAAGUUAAAGGUCUCAAACAUCCAUGUCCUGCAUACUACAGCAAUGGCAUUGUUUAUUAAAAGUGGACCAGACCUAAGAGUCAGUUCUUAAAUAUUUUAUUUAGGUUAGAUUUUUUUUUUCAAUUAACAAAGUCUUGAUGUUUUUGACAUGAUAUUGGCUUUGCCGCUAUGUGAUUUCUCUCAAACAUCAAUUUACCUUUUUGGGUUUUUAUUAUUGUAAAUGAAGUUAGGAAGUGUAACCCAUCCAGUUGCAAUAUUUUUGUUGUCAUGCCCAAUUUGUUUCCCUUUUUUGUUUGAGACCACAUAAUUUUAAUUUUAUAUGUAAACAUGACAUUUUAGAAGGCAUGUAUUUAUUUAUGAUUGAAUGUUCACGUGUUGGGAUUAAAACAAUUCUUUCCAUUACAACAGAAUGUCAGGAUUUUUUUUACAUGAUUGCAUUGCUGUGCUUUCAUUUAUUUGGGAUACGACAUGUUUUGCUCUGCCUUGUAUUUUGUGAUUUUCUUUUUAAAAUGUUUUAUUAUUAGGCAUUUCAUUCAGUUGAAAAUAAAACGUUGGAGGACAUCAAA